AUGGGCAACACUGUGGUGAUAUGCAAUGUGCAUGGCCCUGCGGAAGGGAAGAGAUCAGACGCCAGUGGUGGAGGAGGCGGCGCGGUGGUCUCUGUGGUUGUCAAUAUUGCUGGGUUCGCAAGUAUUGAUAGGAAGAAGAAAAGCGUGAUGGGCGGUGGAGGUGGAGGUGAUAGACAAGCUACUACCGAGCUAUCUGCCGCGCUCCGAGAUGCCUUCCAGCCUCAUCUGCACACACAAACUUACCCGCAUAGCACGAUAUCAAUACACGUUUCUGUUCUAUCCUCUGACGGCUCCAUUUUCGCCGCUUGCAUAAACGCCUGCACUCUCGCACUUGUCGACGCCGGCAUUCCCAUGCCUGGUCUCCUCUGCGCUUGCACUGUAGGCAUGAGUGGGCGUGCCUCCACCCCUGCCACCGAACUUACUCAAUCUUCAACACGCAUUGGAGGAAUUAACGAGAGUCUAGACCCUCUACUAGAUCUAUCGCAUCCAGAGGAGAUAGAGUUACCGCAUAUGACACUCGCCAACACGAAUCCAGUUGCAAAUGACGCUGGAGAAGAUGGGGAUAUGGGAGAAGAGGAAGCACAGAUGCUGUCAAUUGUGAAGAUGGAAUCUGGUGUGCAUAUUUCAUAUCUGGAAACGAUGUUUGCGGUGGGAAUUGAUGGGUGCAAACAGAUGAGAGAGGUUUUGAAUGGGGUCCUGAAGGGUGCGGGGAAAAGAGUGCUAAAAGGAGAGGCCGGGUAUUCGGGCGCUGGUAUCGACCUGUGA